AAACACCUCAUUGACCAGGCCCUGAGCAGAGCCCAGGGGUUUGUUGAGGAGGGAAGGCCCGAGGACGCGAUCCCUGUGGCACUGCAGGCCCUGCAGCUCAGCGCCCACGUGUAUGGCACCAGCUCUGUGCCCCUGCUGCAUGCUUAUCUCCUCCUGGCCCAGGCCUCCGUGGGCAUAGGCAAUCUUCCACAGGCAGCCAAGUACCUCUCCGAGGCGCAGUGGAUCGUCCUGCAGACUCCAGACUGCAGUGCUGCUAUGCAGUCCAAGUUACAGCGUGGGCUGGGGCUUUUCUGUGCUGCUGAAGGGAACUUUGACCAGGCUAUGUACCAUCUGGCCAGUGAUGUUUAUCUUUCUGCCUCUGUCUUUGGACUGAAAUCUCUGGAGGUCUCCAAAGGGUAUUUCCACAUGGCCAACAUUUUCUCCCAGCAGAACAAACUGGACAUUGCCAACUCCCUCUACGCUGAGGUGACAGCCAGCUGGCAUGCCUGGCUGCUGGGCGCCCUGCAGGCGCGGGAGAGAGCGCUCAGGGCCCUGCGGGAAGCGUCGCCCUUCACCGAGGAGGAGGAGGAGGAAGGCAUCGAGGAAGAGAUGACUGGAGCGCAGCGAGCAGAAGCGACACGAGUGCUGCAGGCAGUGUUGGAGGUGAUGGAACAGGCCCCAGCACCGCUCCCCGGGGACACAGCCCAAGUCCUGCACGCCCUGGCCAUGCUUCAUUACCUGGGCCACGAUCUAGCAAAGGCCCGGGAGGUGGGGAUGAAAGCCUUCAACCUGGCCAAGCAGCUGCCCCAGCAAGAUCCUCUAGAAAGCAUUGGUCACCUGUUGGAGCUGAUUGAUGCCAAGUUUUCCCACACAAACUAG